UGGCCAAUUUCACGCUCGCUUGGCACACACACUCGCAGUGGUUCCUUCCACCGCGAAAAGGUCUUCUCCCAGUCGGCAAGGAGACGUCGGUGCGCGAACAAGAUGCAACCUCUCGCUACCGCCACUUUGGCAGUGGCGUUGCUUUUGUUGCAACAGCUUGGGGUGGAUUCGCGAGUGGAUGGCUACAGGAACAAAGCUCAGCCGCUACCACCUGGUUACAAGCAUAGCGCGUUCAGACUGAUUGUUCCUGAGGCUGGUCUAGCCCCCCUAACCUGGCAUGCAGCCCUUAAAAACACAGCUUUCCAGAGCUUAAGAAGAAAAAUUCUUAGUUUCGCAGAUAGCAGUCGGGCUGAACAAAUUCUGUGGGAGCAACUGGCAGCAGCUCCCAUUUACCCUGCGCACCUGAAGCAACCUGAGCGCGAAGACGCAGACCUGUCUAUUUUGGCAAAGGGAGUUUUAGUGCGAGAAGGGGGUCAACUGCUUUUCGCACCUGACGACAUUCUUCUCUACCCCUCUGCCACCCCGCGCAAAGUUUCUGCGAUUUGGAGUGUUAUCAGGGUGCGGCAUAGUGGUCCAGGCCUCAAGGCACCAAAAAUUGAAUAUUACUUCACUGUGACGCCAGCAUCCCAUCUCACCAUGUUACACUACUUGCAGCAGCAAGUGAAAGGGUAUCAGAAGAGCCCAUACGAUGGACCCUUUUUUGAUUACAGACCUGGACACUUUUACCACCCAUUGUUCAUCAACUCAUACAGACAAUCAGUGCAAAGUUUCAUUGGCAAACACCCUGAAGAGGAGCUUAUCAAUUCCGCUCAAGAGGCUCGUAAUGAGCCAGUUAUUUUCAAACAAGAGCCGAUCUACAUAAUCCCGUCACCAAGACUCAUUCCUCAAGGGCAAGAAAAAUCGGGCGGAACUGGAAGCUCCACUAGCAAAAAAGAAUCAAAAACUUUCAGGAUCAUCGUGCAGAAACAGAGAGUCAACGAGGAAAAUAAGAAUGAAGCUGAGACUGUGGAGGAGGAAGAGGAGGAGGAGGAGGAAGAUAUGGAAACCACGACUAAAAUCAGUUCAAAGUAUAGGGACACCAGCAAAGAGUCUCAGUAAUUGUUGUAUAUUUUGUUCAAUAAAGUUUGUUAAAGCGCAAGAACUCAAGUGAAAUCUGUACUCACCAUCUGAGUACUUGAAGGUUGGUUCUGGUUUCUCAGGGAUGAGAGGCUCAAAGGUCUCUGGUACAAUUUUAUGGAUUCUUUCAUGGUAAGCCAAUCGUUGGGCCUUGAGAAGGACCUCUUUGAUGAAUUUGGGGCGAGGAUGCUCUGGGUCCAACUGCAAGCAUGACUCCCAGUCCUCCCAACUCCAGCGGAAUUGGAAAUUGCUCAAGUGAUACGAGAACCAGUUCACAAGCCUG